UGGGGCCGGCGCGCGCACGCGCGGAGAGCGGAGCCGGACGGGCGGGCCGUCAGCUGACUGUGGCGCGGCGGCUCCGCGGGCGCAACCGGUGGCGUCGCGACUCCUGGCGUCGGCUCCCAGGGGCGAGGCGCGGGCACGAUGGCGACCACCGUCAGCACGCAGCGCGGGCCGGUGUACAUUGGCGAGCUCCCACAGGACUUCCUGCGCAUCGCACCCACACAGCAGCAGGAGCAGAUCCGGCUGGAUGCACAGGCAGCCCAGCAGCUUCAGUUUGGGGGCGCCAUGGGCACCGUGGGCCGGCUCAGCAUCACUGUGGUACAGGCUAAGUUGGCGAAGAAUUAUGGCAUGACCCGCAUGGACCCGUACUGCCGCCUGCGCCUGGGCUACGCUGUGUAUGAAACGCCCACAGCUCACAAUGGGGCCAGGAAUCCGCGCUGGAACAAGGUUAUUCAGUGCACGGUGCCCCCGGGCGUGGACUCCUUCUACCUGGAGGUCUUCGAUGAGCGAGCCUUCUCCAUGGAUGAUCGCAUCGCCUGGACGCACAUCACCAUCCCUGAGAGCCUGAAGCAGGGCAAGGUGGAGGAUGAGUGGUACAGCCUGAGCGGGCGGCAGGGUGACGACAAGGAGGGCAUGAUCAACCUGGUCAUGUCCUACACGUCACUGCCUGCUGCCAUGAUGAUGCCACCGCAGCCUGUUGUCCUGAUGCCCACCGUGUACCAGCAGGGCGUUGGCUAUGUGCCCAUCACAGGGAUGCCCGCUGUGUGUGGCCCUGGCAUGGUGCCCAUGGCCGUGCCCCCCACAGCCCUGAGUGCACAACCCCGCUGUCAGGAGGAGGACCUGAAGGCCAUCCAGGACAUGUUCCCCAACAUGGACCGGGAGGUGAUCCGCUCCGUGCUGGAGGCGCAGAGAGGGAACAGGGACGCGGCCAUCAACUCUCUGCUGCAGAUGGGCGAAGACUCCUAGAACUGUGGCCCCUUCCUGACUUGCCUGGCCCACCUGUGUCGGAUGCAUGUGGUUCUCAUGCCCGUCAGCUGCUUGUGAAGGGGCUGGGGGCCCAAAGGGCCAUCCUCCCGGUAUGCUGAUGGCACGCAGUCCUUUGACAUAAUGGGGUCGUCCUACUAAUCCAGGCACAUCCAUUACCUUCUGUAGGGGUCAUUUAUGGAACCUUCCCACUGAAAAUCUGCAUUCUCUCUGGGCAUUCAUUGUGGGCCAGGCUCCUUGUUGCCUGCCCCAGUCAAAGGCAACCCCUCUAAAUGGAGGGAGUGGGCGCUGCUCUCUCCUUGUCGUUUUUGGGUCCCAGGGGCGCUUAUGGCUCCUGCCUUUGUGUGGCACAGUCUUAAGCUUGGGGUAUGAGUGUAGCUGCAGUGCUUUGUGUUCUAAAGGGUGAUUAGAACUGUCGCCUAAUGGCUGGGGCGAUGGACUCUGUCCCGGGUGCUGGGUGUGAGGCCAUGCCAUCAUUUGCCUGUCUGUAGGGAGAGACAGUGCCUACCCCUAGACAUUCCUGUUGGCUCUACUUAUGGGCAGGGGUGGGGUAGGGACAGGUUGGGAGACAUCCAGUGCCAGUGACAGGUCUGAGCCACUCCCUAAGUGAUGCACUUUAUAAACAAACAUGCCCACGUUGAAAACUUCUGUGUCUGUGGUUCUGCAGUAAGCCAGGGGUCAUUGUUCGUCUGAGUCGAUGUCUGUCCAGACCUGGUGUGGACUCAGUAGGGACACACAGCUGUUUUCCGUGGCCUGGUGCUGGCCGGCUGCAGUGUGCUCAGGAACGGAGGGAGGGAGAGGAGCUGGUGAGCGGUGAGUUCAGCAUCUGUUCCUGGAGCCCUGGGACUGCAGUGGGGGGACGCAGUCUGGUCGGCCAGUGUAUUCAGAUCAGGUCUGGUGGUAUGGCCACUGCCAGGCAGGUUCAGAGGCCGAUGGAGAAGUGAUUGGCAAGGGAGGGGGGCACUACUCUCUGCCUCACUGGUCAGCCUGCCUGAGGUGCCCAUUCAGGCCCAGCACAGAGGGUGGGACUGUACUCAGAUGCUGCAGGCUGCGGCCAUGUGUUGGCAUUAGUACCUCCGAGCUUGCUCCCACCUGAUAAGCAGCCCACCUGUGCUCCCCCAGCAGCUUGGGCCCAUCUGUGGGUCUCUGGCAGACAACCACUGUGUCAGGGCCUGGCAUCUGUGCUCAUCCAUACCUGGCAUCCCAGUCCUUGGCUCAUGGCCACAUUUGAUGGCCAGUACUUUCUCCUGUCCUCAUUUUCCCUCCUUGACCCCUUUGUGAGCCAUGUGAUAAGUGAGACCUUAGGAACAAUGAGUUGGGAAGUCAAGAGAGUGACCAGGCAUGUCCAGGGACAGGCUCUGGUGCUUCUUCCUGUCCACCCCAACUUAUCGCAGAGCCAGUCAGCAGCAGCCCAAACCAAAACCCAGCCAAGUCUGGCCACGCAGCUGCCCUGGGAAAGGUGUGUGUCCAGUGUCGGCGAGGAGGGCCAUGAAGAAGUGGGAGAGUCCAAGGGCAGAGCCCAUAGGACACGGCCCUGGGGAAGGGCAGCUGUGCACAGCCAGAACCCAGCUGCCGCUGUGCAUGGACUUCAAAGGCAGAUGCGCAUGGGCAGAAGCAGCCCUGAGAGCAGCAGGCUCAGGUGCACACAGAGGCUGGAGCAGUGACAGACGAACCUCUGGAGCAAGUGGACUGCAGGUGACACGCUUCCGAGCUCCAGGACAGCCCAACGUGAGCAACGAGGCCCGAGUGGGAGAAGGUUCCUCACCAAAACCAGCUGGGAAGCACCAGGUGGAUAGUAUCACCUAGCCCUGGCUCCCAGGAGCCCUGCACCCAGUGGAGUGUCCUUUGGGUGCAGGGGAGGCUCCUGGAGCACCAGAGCUGGGUCAGCACAGAGGGGUGGCAUGGCCCUGGUGAGGUGCCAAGCCCCUAGGAAGCAUUCUGCAGUCAGGUGCUUGACAGUGUGUUAGAAAGCACACCUUUAUGAAGGGAACUGCAUGGGCAGCUGCUGCUGCUACAUGACUCCCACGUGCUCAGCCACAAACCACCAGGAGAGCCAGGAGAGUGCAUUCGUCCCCAGCGGAACCCUGCCACAUGCUUGCACAUGGUUUGCACCUGGCUUUGCACUGUCCCCUGAGCACUGCAGGUGUGGCCAUACACCGCCCAGAGUGGCUGUAAGGAAGGAGAGAAAAGUGAGUGUUGGUUGGCAAGGCUGUGAGGAGGCCAGCACCCCAGCUAGCCGUUGUCACAGUGCAGAUUUGCUCGCCUGAGAACAGGAUGCAUUUCUGCUUCCUUCUUGUUUGUUUGGGGGUCACGGCUGUCAGUGCUUAGGUGUUAUUCCUGGCUCUGCACUCAGAUCAGUCCUGGUGGUACUUGGGGACCACAUGGUAUGUGGGAAAUUGGACCUGGGUCGGCCAUGUGCAAGACAAGCACCCAUGUCGCUGGACUAUCGCUCCGGCUCCUCCUCUGGAUUCUGAACAGUUUGUGACCCUCCGAAUACUGAAAACAGGACUGGAAGAGACCUGAAGUGUGGCAGUCCCACGUGUAACAACCACGGAAAUGGCCAAGGUGUGUAGUUGGGUCUAGGCCUUUGUGAGGUGAGGUGACCGGGAGGCUGCGGUGCUGCCCUUCCUCAUGUCACUGGGAAAAUAGAAGGUGGUCAUGUGGGCACCUGUGAGCACAGUGGGCUUCCAGCAUGGGUCACCACCAAAGGGGACCAGCCUUGAACCAACAGCAGGAGGCGGAGGGGCAGUGAGAAGGCAGUGGAGGAUGCCCCUGGGUGGGACCCCAGGGCGGGAACAGUGAUGGCAACUGAGGCAGGAAAAAGGUAGGACUCUGCCUGUGUCCCGGGCUGGGGGUGGGAGGGAUGUGUGUGUGUGUGUGUGUGUGUGUGUGUGUGUACCUGUGCGUUCCCCCUGCCUGUGUGUUUCCCUGACUGUGUGUGGGCUGGGGUGUGUGUGUGUGUGCAUCUGUGUGUUCCCCCUGCCUGUGUGUUGACCCACAUGUGUCCCUCCUGCUUAUGUGUGUGUCCCCAUUGCCCUGGCCCAUGUGUGUCUGCCCCCCCAACCGUGUAUGUCUCCCCUGCCUAUGUGUUCCCUGCUAGUCCUUGUGUGCGUCCCCCCAGCCUAUGUGUGUUCCCUCUACUAGUGUGUGCUCCUGCCUGGCCGUGUGUCCUCCCCUAGCCUAUGUUUCCCCCUGCCCCACCUGGUGUGCGCCCCACCCGGUCUGUGUGUCUCUCGCAGACACUGUCCCUACCUGGCCCGUGUGCAUUCUGCCCAGCCUGCGUGUGUCCCGCCCCGCAUGCUUGCUCUGCCGCAGCAGGGGAGCUGGGUGUGGAUGCCUGGACCACCCCGAUAGUGGCCUCACUCACACUCCCUGCUGUGAGGUUGUGGUGACUGGUCCCUUUGCCGUCUUCCUGUGGCCUUCCUGGCUCUCGAGCAGGCCUGGGGCAUUCCCACGUGCCCUCCUCGAGGUACUGGGGCUUUGCCAGCAGUUUGGCUUGGUUGCAGUCAUCGACACUUCAGAAUGGCUGUGUCAGGGCUAGUGUCUGGGGAAGCCAGGCGCCUUCCCUUUGGAAGCUGAAUGUGAAAGCCAGGGCCUGACUUGUCUCUUUCAUUGUGGGGUCUUUGAGGCCCCCCUCAGGCAGCAGUAGGGUCUGCAGCUGUCACUGGGUCAAAGGGCUGGCAGGGUUGAGGGCAGGCUGCCACAGGAAGCAGAUACCCAGCCAGGGGGGCACACUGCCAGAGCGGUAGUUGGGGGGGGGGGUCCUAGCCAAGGGUACAUGCUUACCACCACAUGCUUCAUAAUUUUUUGGUUUGGGUGUAACCCUGGGGAAGCCCGCACCAUUGCCCAAGUCGGGGGCGGGGCUAAGCAGUGCCCCUUAUGUAGCUCUGUCCUCCUGGCUCAAGCAUGUCCCCCACCCCUCCCACACUUGGACACCUCUUCUUGCAGGGGGUAAUGUGCGGGCCUGCCUGGUACCUUACAUGUCCCCCAGCUAGCCUGCCUGGGCUCCAGAGCGAGCCAGAAACCCUGUCAGAGGCCGGGUGAGCAGCUGGUGUCCUGCAGGAAGGGCUGGUGGGCAGGCAUGCACACCUGCUAGGCAGAGCUGCUCUUACACAGAUACCAGGGGCCACGUCCCGGGAGGCCUUGGGCCCCAUGGGUGUGUCCUUGUGGGACCUCAUGUUUCAAUCUAUAAACCAGUUUCUUCUUUGGA